GAGUUAGAUUUUGCCUCUUUAUCAUUUCGGUAAUUAAAUCAAAUUCUUGAAAUCCUGCUUGCAGCUGGAAGGCCAGAACCGCCUUCCUCCCUUCCCGGAGAGGCUCAAAGCGGCGAUAUGGAAGACCUACCACCUUCCAUCGUCGUCGAGAUACUGAGUCGGCUCGGUGACUCAACCGACCUCGCUCGCUGCCGACUCGCUUCUCGAAACCUGCGAUUCCUCUCCGCCGACGUCCGAUCCAUAUCUGUCGUUUGCUCUCGCGAACGCUUUCUCCGAGCUCGCGCUCCGGCGACUAGGGAACUCACUAUUCCCUUCCGAUCACUCGUCUUCAACCUGCUUUCCUUCCUGUCGAGAAGCGAUGGAGGCUGCGCUCUCCGCUCACUCUCUCUCUCCGUGGAGGAACCCGACGCUGCUAGUGCUGAUGAGGAGGAGGAUGAUGGCGGGUUUGAUGAUGGUGACGAUCUCCACCUUACUGCUGCUGAUUUUCUUUCUCAGUGGCUGCCAUUGGUUGCAUUAGGGCUGACAUCACUCUCUAUUGGGGACUACUGGUGUCAGGCUUGCUGGCGGCCGUCGACGGCGUUUCAUCUUAUCUCGGAACAAUGUUGUAACCUCCUCAACUUGGAAAUGAAGAACGCUUCCUUGUCGGUUGCUGGGCUUAAACCCAUGCUGAAUCUGAUGACUUUGAGGCUUGAAUUCAUCAGAUUAGAUGAUGAAGACCUAGACAAGGUCAAUGAGUGCUUUCCUUCCCUUCAAAUUCUUAAAUUAAUUGGAGUUGGAGGACUAAGAAAGCCUAAGAUUGCCCUUACACAGCUAAGGAUAUGCCAUUGGACGGUUUCAAAUUUUCCCUUGUCUUUGGCAAUUCAUGCACCCAACUUAGUUGAAUUGAAGUUAGAAUGUGUUGAACCGAAGUAUCUUGUUCUCGAAACCCCACUACUCUCUCAAAUUGACCUUAAGAUCAAAAAACCAGGCGGACAUAUCAAAGUUGGAAGUUUUCUUUGCUUGAAAUCUGUCAGGAUGGAAACAUCAUAUCUAAAAGGCAUCAAACAACUUUUUGAAGGGUGUCAUGCUGUUAAGAAGUUGGAGCUUCAAGAAUUCAACUCUUCUAAAAUUGAUGAAUCAUUCGAAAAAUUUACAGUGCUUGACAUUAUCAGUACAUUUCCCAAUGUGGAUGAUCUUGAGUUAGGACCAGGAGCCUGGAAUCAACUGGAAACUUCUUUUGUUGGCUGCAGGGACUCUUAUAUUUCCUGUGAGUGGAGGAAUUUGAAGAGUUUGACCAUUAAACUGCCGCCUGGUGAUCUUACUAUAGCUACGUUGUCUGUUUUGCUUAAAUUUUGCAUACCUUCGUGUGAAGUGGCAGUGUUUCUUCACAAAGAUUCUCCUGAUUGUACCAAGAAUAGAAUCAUCGCAAGGUGCGCAGGCAAUUUCCCAAGGUAUAAGUGGAAAUGGGGAAUUUGGAAGGAAACAUGUCUAGAUUCCUUAUUGGAUUUACAGAAUGAUACGAACUUCUGACCUGGAGGUUUUCUCUAAACACUACAGGUUCUUUACUUUUUUUAGUGGUAGUUUUUUUCUGAAGUAUAAUAUAUUGGCAUACAAGUAUAUUGAAAGUAGCAAAUCUGCAAUGAAAAGAGAUUUAUGGCAAACUAUACUAACACUAGAAAAAUGAUUGAGGGAUUCUUAGACUCACUUCUGUAUAUAUUUUGAUAAGACACAAGUUAUAUAUAGUUUUUACUAGGCUUGAUAUUGUCUUUGUCAAUCGUGUGAUGAUUUUAUACUUCUAAUACUCAAUGAUAUUUGUAAUUAAGAUGUAAUGCAGCAAAGUCUUUCAAACAUUUUAUGCCUUAUUUUGUAAAUUCCGUGGGAACAACUUCUUUUUACUUGAAGAAAACAGAACUUCGAUA